CCAAUUUAAACCUAUGACAUCCGAAAUCGAAUGCUCUCCUUUUCUUGAAACGCAUCUGGUGAUUUCUUCUUACAGCUCAUUUAUUCAAAAUGGAGCAAACACCACUUUUGGCUGGGCAAUACGCGAGCACCCUGGACAAGCGACAUCCAGUAUGGAUUGUGCUGCGCGAGCUUCUCUGGCUGAUAGGUAGCUCAGGUCCGACGGUCGUUGCAUACUUUUUACAAGUCUCUCUUCAGAUUGCACCCAUCGUCUGUCUAGGCCAUUUGGGCACUACAGAGUUGGCAGCCUAUGCGCUAGGGUCAAUGUUUGCAGGCGUCACCGGCUGGUCGUUGGCGGUUGGCAUAGUUACUGCUAUGGAUGUGAACAAAGAAGAGUUUGAAGAUGAAGACCUGACGUACCUUGGCGUUCAACUUCAAAAAACCCUCAUGUCCCUCGCUGGUCUAUUUAUACCCGUUUCUUUCGUUUGGUGGCACGCAACUUCGCUUUUGACCUUCCUAGGUCAAAGUGAUGAAAUCACACACCUUGCUGGACUAUACAUACGAUAUCUUUUAAUUGGUGCGCCUGCAUACUUUUGCUUUGAGGCUUUGAAGAAGUUUUGUCAAACUCAGGGUAUUGUCAGCGUCCCUACCAAGGUUUUGAUGGUGGUUUCUCCUAUCAAUGCUAUUUUGAACUAUGUUUUGAUAUUCCAACGAGAUCUCGGUCUUAUUGGUGCUUCUGUGGCCAUCUCCAUCACCUAUUGGCUGUUGUUCAUCUCCAUGGUCUUGUUCAUCGUGUUUGUGCAAGGAAAGGAAGCCUGGGGAGGUUGGUCAAGACAAGCUUUUUCAGAUUGUUCGACGUUCUUCAUCCAUGCCUUUGUCGGUAUCUUCAUGGUAUGCUCCGAAUGGUGGGCUUUUGAAAUUUUGACUCUGGCUGCAUCCUACAUCGGUGUGGUAGACCUUGCCUCUCAGUCUAUCAUGAUGACCAUCGCUUCAACCACUUUUAUCCUGCCGUUUGGAAUAUCUGUUUCUGGCGCCAACCGUAUUGACCAUUGGCUGGAAUGCGCAGACACAAGGUAUGCUAAAUACGCAGCCAACUCUGCUGUCUUGCUAUCGAUCUUUUUCGGCGCUGGUAUGUCGGUGUUCUAUAAGUUGGCCGCCCCUAGAUUGGCUGCCCUCUUUACCUCUCAAUCGGAUUUGGCGGAGGUCUUGGUAGCUGUACUUCCCCUUGUGGGACUCUGCCAAAUGUUUGAGUCAAUUUCGACUGUUGCAUCUGGUAUUCUACGUGGCAUGAAUAGACCACAGAUCAGCACAUAUUUGACGCUGUCAACAUACUAUUGCCUGAUUUUCCCACUCAGUUUCAUAUUAGCCUUUGGUUUCGACUUUGGUAUCCAGGGCUUGUGGAUAGGCAUGAUCGUAGGUUUUGCUAUCAAUGCCUCUAUUCAGUUGUUGUACCUGUGUACGACAGUUGACUGGCAACACGAAGUGGACUUGGCUAAUGGCGUAGGCGACAUUGAAGCUGAGGAAGACCCAUCAACUGGCAAAGUCCAAGAAGACUAACAAGCAUCAUCAAACCGGCAUUCAUUUUUUAACCCUACAUUAUAGUACCAUUAUUAUUUUUUAAAGCCUAUCAUUUCAUGAUAAAAUAAACCCC